GCCUAGAGCCGAGUCGGUCGACAGACACCUGUGUCGUGUACUGUGUCAUGUCAUGUCAAAAAUGUCAAUGAAAUCAUGAAAAUUAUCACCCUGAAACAGUGAAAAUUACACGCCAAUUUUGAAAAUAAAAGCCAACAUAACCGAACGUUCCUCUUGAAUUUUUAUUUACAUAGUACAAAAGUAAUCAAGAGCGAAAAGUACUUACAUAAAAAGCGUCAGUAUGAGAUUAUUUACUAGUAUAAUAUGCCUGAUGGUGGCAUUGCACUGCUCAUAUGCUCCACCUGUAAACCCAGACAAAUCCAAUGAAGAAAGUGAUGUGAAAGACAAUUUGGAUGACUACAUGGAAUAUUCCAGGUAUUUGAAGGAAGUAGUACAAGCACUUGAGAGUGACCCUGACUUUAGAGAGAGGUUGGAGAAAGCUGAUGUUGAUGAUGUGCGGUCGGGUAAAAUUGCGGAUCAGUUGGAUUUUGUAAACCAUAAUGUGCGUACAAAGUUGGACGAGAUCAAACGUCGCGAGCUUGAGAGGCUACGCCAUUUAGCGACAAAGCAAUAUGAGCUUACCAAUAAUCUAGACGCUCACAUGGGUAAGGUACCAUCAAAUGAACAUUUAGACCAUGCAAAUCCUCACACCUUUGAAAUUGAAGAUCUUAAGAGGCUCAUCAAAAAGACUACUGCCGACUUAGAAGAAGCUGACAAACAAAGAAAAGAAGAAUUCAAGGAAUACGAAAUGCAGAAGGAGUUUGAUAAACAUCAAGAAUUGGAGAACAUGAAUGAGACCCAAAAGAGAGAGUAUGAAGACAAACUGAAGAAAGAAGAAGAUGCUAAAAAACACCAUGAACCGCUACUUCACCCGGGUGCAAGAAAACAGUUCUUAGAACUAUGGAAAAACGCCGACCAUCUGGACGCUAAAGAUUUCGAUCCGAAGGUGUUUUUCGUGCUUCAUGAUGUGGAUGGCAAUGGUGCAUGGGACGCAGAUGAAGUGAAAGCUCUCUUCAUCAAGGAGUUGGACAAACUCUAUGGACCGGGAGGGCCCAAUAAGGACCUUCACGAACGGGCUGAGGAAAUGGAGCGUAUGCGUGAACACGUCUUCAAGGAAAACGACAAGAACCGCGACGGUUUGAUCGACUUCCAUGAGUUCAUGAUGGAGACGCAGAAAUCUGAGUUCAAUCAGGAUGAGGGUUGGAAGCCUAUUGAUGAGAAUCAGAUCUACACUCAAGCUGAAUACCAGGAGUACGAGAGGCGCAGGCUCGAAGAGUUGAGAUACCUCCAGCAGCGUGGCCUGGUUGACGCCCACGGACGUCCAUUGCCAGGCGCCCAGCACCAGAUCCACCAAGCUCAACAGGCAUUCCACCAAGCGUACCAACAACAGUACCACCAACAGGGCUACCAACAGCACGCUCAAGGUCAACAGUACUAUCCUCACGGACAACCGCCUCAAGGUUAUCCACCAGCACAUGGUCAAAUGCCACCCCAAGGAUACCAGCAGCCACCUGGUCAAGUUCCUCAGUAUCAACCACCCCAAGGUGUACCUCAAGGUCAACAGCAAUAUCAACCCCAAGGUCAACAACAGCAAUACCAACCUCAAGGCCAACAACAGCAAUAUCAGCCUCCACAAGGCCAACCUCCUCAGGGUCAACCACAACAAUAUCAGCCGCCACAAAGUCAACCUUCUCAAGGUCAACCACAACAAUAUCAGCCUCCACAAGGCCAACCACCUCAAGGUCAACAACAGCAAUACCAACCUCAAGGACAACAACAGCAAUAUCAGCCUCCACAGGGUCAACCUCCGCAAAGUCAACAACAAUAUCAGCCUCCUCAAGGCCAACAGCAAUAUCAACAACCACAAAAUCCACAAGGACAGCCAGUUCAGAAUCUUAAUCAGCAGAACUUAAAUCAAGCCCCAGCUCAAGGUCAACAGCAGGGUCAAGGUCAACCGGCUGCUCAAGAUCAAACCAAGGGUCAGCCUCAACCUUCCCAAGGCCAGGCUCCUCCUUCUCAAUCACAACCGGAGGUCAAACAACAAAAUCAAGGUUAAAAAAGCAAAAUCAGCUCUUUACAAUAUUGAUCUUAAUCAAGACGAACUUCUUUUAAGUAUUUCAUGUUAGGGUUUAAAGGUAAUAAUUAUGUACUCUGUUUUCACAUAGUGAUCUAUAUUUUACACAAGGUGCCAAAACUUUUCAAAACUUCAUACUCAUAAUGUAACUUAAUGUUAUCUCGUUCUGAAUUUAAUUAAAUACAUGACAUAAUCUA